AUGUUCUCUUCUCUCGCCCUCUCCGCGGCUCCAUUGCUGCUGGCUGGCUUGCAGGCCGUGACCGUUGGCGCCGUCCCGACCAUCUCCGCCGUCGGAUCCAAGUUCUUCUACGAAAAUGGAACCCAGUACUACAUCAAGGGUAUCGCCUAUCAGCUUACCCCCGAUGAUCCGCUGAUCGAUACCGCCCAAUGCAAGCGAGACAUUGUCCGUAUGUCCGAGUUGGGCGCCAAUGCGAUCCGUGUGUACCACGUGGAUGCCAGCGGCGACCACGAGGGCUGCAUGGAGGCUUUUGCCGCUGCUGGAAUCUAUCUGUUUGUGGAUUUGGAUACUUUCACAACCCAGAUUGAACAGGACAGCCCUCACUGGAACGAAACUCAGUACAACCGAUUCGGCGCAGUUCUCGAUGAAUUCCAACAGUACAACAACACCGCCGGUGUCUUCGUCGGAAAUGAGGUCCUCACCACCGCCAACGGUUCCAUCGCCGCUCCCUACGUCCUGGCUGCUGCCCGUGAUAUGAAGGCCUACCGUGAUAAGAAGGGUUACCGUGAGAUUCCCGUUGGUUACUCCGCUGCCGAUAUUUCCGAUCUUCGUCCCAUGCUCCAGAACUACAUGGCAUGCCAGGAGAAGGCUGCCGAUCGUCUGGACUUCUACUCUCUAAACGCCUAUGAGUGGUGUGGUGAAUCCAGCUACUCCGUCUCCGGAUACAGCGAGUUGCAGAAGAAUGCCACCGACUACCCCAUCCCUAUCUUCUUCUCCGAGACUGGCUGCAACACCCCAGCUCCUCGUACCUUUGAUGACCAGGCUGCUAUCCUCGGCUCCGAGAUGGACGGCACUUGGUCCGGUGCCAUUAUCUACGAGUGGAUUGAGGAGACUAACGACUACGGCCUGAUCAGCUAUGGUCCCUCCGCCACUGGUGCUGCCGCCACCAAGUCUGAUGUUGAGGAUGGAUACACUCGCGCGGGUACUCCUACACCUAUCUCGCCUGAUUUCAGCAACCUCAAGUCUCAAUGGGCCACUCUUAACCCCACCGGUGUUUCCCUCUCCGCCUACAAGGCGAGCGCCUCCAGCCUCAGCAGCAUUCAGUGUCCCGCCUCAACUUCCGGUGGUUGGGCCGUUAACCCCAGCGCGGAUCUCCCCACUAUGGGUCAGACUUACACCUCCGGCGCCGCUGACUCCACCGGCACUGGCUCUUCUGGAAGCUCAGGCACUAGCACCGGCUCUUCAAGCAGUGCUUCUUCUACCAAGGACAACGCAGGUAGCGCCAUCGUGGUUGCCGGCAACCCUGUUACUGAGCGUUUGUUCGUCGCUUCCCUGGCCCUCUCUGGUGCUCUGGGACUUGUCGCAUUCUGGCUUUAG